AUGCCCGGCCCGGCCGCGGGGAGCAGGGCCCGCGUGUACGCCGAGGUGAACGGCCUGCGGAGCCGCGAGUACUGGGACUACGAGGCGCACGUCCCCACCUGGGGUAAUCAAGACGAUUAUCAACUAGUUCGGAAACUCGGCCGGGGGAAAUAUAGUGAAGUCUUUGAGGCUAUAAACAUCACCAACAAUGAGCGAGUGGUUGUGAAAAUUCUUAAGCCAGUGAAGAAAAAGAAAAUAAAACGUGAAGUUAAGAUUCUGGAGAAUCUGCGUGGUGGAACCAACAUCAUUAAACUGAUUGAUACAGUCAAAGAUCCAGUGGUAGGUACCAGGAUAAAUUAA